CCCUUUUCCCCCUACUUCCUGCAGCAGUUUACUUUAACUUCCUCCCAUGUUGUGAUGCAGACAUGUUUCCUCCAGGUUAAACUUUUGGGACAAAAAAUGGAGACGCCUAAAGAAGUCGUCUUGGGAAUUUUAGAAAAUUUGGGAGCUGACGACUUUGAAAAAUUUAAGUGGUACCUGCAGGGAGUCCUAAAAGACUUCCCAGCAAUCCCAAAGAGUAAACUGGAGAAUGUAAACAGGGUGAACACAGUGGAUAUAAUGUUCCAGAACUACAGUAUAAACACUAUUAAAGUGACCAGAAUACUUUUAGUGAAGAUAAAUCAAAAUGAUCUAGUGGAGAAUUUAUCAAACAUCAUCUCAGAACCUAAAGAGAUUCUUGCUGCAUGCCAGCGAAAAGUCAAAUCCAACUUACAUAAGAUGUUCCAGUGUGUGUUUGAGGGAAUUGCUAAAGCAGGAAACAAGACCCUUCUGAAUCAGAUGUUUGCAGAGAUCCACAUCAAAGGGGGAGGGACUGCAGAGGUCAAUGAUCAACAUGAGGUCAGACAGAUUGAAACAGCAUCCUGGAAGUCAGACAGACCAGAAACAACAAUCACAUAUGAAGACAUAUUUAAAACCCCACCUGAAAGAGAAGAACCACUCAGAACAGUGGUGACUAAGGGAGUGGCUGGCAUUGGGAAAACAGUCUUAACACAGAAGUUUACUCUGGACUGGGCUGAAGGCAAAGCCAACCAGGACAUCCAGUUCACAUUUCCAUUCACUUUCAGGGAGCUGAACAUGCUGAAAGAGAAAAAGUACAGCUUGGUGGAACUUGUUCAUCACUUCUUUAGUGAAAUCAAAGAAGCAGGAAUCUACAGGUUUGAAGAGUUCCCGGUUGUGUUCAUCUUUGACGGUCUGGAUGAGUGUCGAUUUCCUCUGGACUUCCACAACACUGAGAUCCUGACUGAUGUUACAGAGUCCACCUCAGUGGAUGUGCUGCUGACAAACCUCAUCAGGGGGAAAUUGCUUCCCUCUGCUCGCCUCUGGAUAACCACACGACCUGCAGCAGCCAAUCAGAUCCCCGCUGAGUGUGUUGACAUGGUGACAGAGGUCAGAGGGUUCACUGACCCACAGAAGGAGGAGUACUUCAGUAAGAGAUACAAAGACAAGAAGCAGGCCAACAGAAUCAUCUCCCACAUCAAGACAUCACGAAGCCUCCACAUCAUGUGCCACAUCCCAGUCUUCUGCUGGAUCACUGCUGCAGUUCUAAAGAAGAUGUUGAAGACCAGAGAGGGAGGAGAGCUGCCCAAAACUCUGACUGAGAUGUACAUCCACUUCCUGGUGGUUCAGUCCAAAAGGACGAACGUCAAGUUUCAUGACAAACGUGAAACAGAUCCACCUUGGAGUCCAGACACCAGGAAGAUGAUUGAGUCUCUAGGAAAACUGGCUUUUGAGCAGCUGCAGAAAGGCAACCUGAUCUUCUAUGAAUCAGACCUGACAGAGUGUGGCAUCGAUAUCACAGCAGCAUCAGUGUACUCAGGAGUGUUCACACAGAUAUUUAAAGAGGAGAGUGGACUGUACCAGGACAAGGUGUUCUGCUUCAUCCAUCUGAGUGUUCAAGAGUUUCUGGCUGCUCUUCAUGUUCACCUGACAUUCAUCAACUCUCGAAUCAACCUGAUGUCAGAAGUACAAUCAACCUCCUGGUGGUCUGAAUUUUUCAGGGACAAAUCAGCACAUUUCUACCAGAGUGCCGUGGACAAGGCCUUACAGAGUCCAAAUGGACACUUAGACUUGUUCCUCCGCUUCCUCCUGGGUCUUUCUCUAGAUUCCAAUCAAAAUCUUUUACGAAGCCUGUUGACACAGACAGAAAGUAGCUCACAAACAAACAAGAAAACAGUUGAGUACAUCAAAAAGAAGAUCUGUGAGAAUCUGUCUGCAGAGAGAAGCAUAAAUCUGUUCCACUGUCUGAAUGAACUGAAUGACUGUUCUCUAGUGGAGGAGAUCCAACAGUCCCUGAGAUCAGGAAGUCUCUCCACAGAUAAACUAUCUCCUGCUCAGUGGUCAGCUCUGGUUUUCAUCUUGCUGUCAUCACAAAACGACCUGGACGUGUUUGACCUGAAGAAAUACUCUGUUUCAGAGGAGGCUCUUCUGAGGCUGAUGCCAGUGGUCAAAGCCUCCAACAAAGCUCUACUAAGUGGCUGUGACCUUUCAGAGAGAAGCUGUGAAGCUCUGUCCUCAGUUCUCAGCUCCCAGCCCUCUAGUCUGAGAGAGCUGGACCUGAGUAACAACAACCUACAGGAUUCAGGAGUGAAGCAUCUGUCCUCUGGACUAAAGAGUUCACACUGCAGACUGGAAACUCUCAGAUUGAGUGGCUGUAAACUUUCAAAGAGAAGCUGUGAAGCUCUGUCCUCAGUUCUCGGAUCCCAGUUUUCUAGUCUGAGAGAGCUGGACCUGAGUAACAAUGUCCUGAAGGAUUCAGGAGUGAAGCAUCUGUCUCCUGGACUAAACAGUCCACACUGCAGACUGGACACUCUCAGAUUGAGUGGCUGUAACCUGUCAGAGAGAAGCUGUGAAGCUCUGUCCUCAGUUCUCAGCUCCCAGUCCUCUAGUCUGAGAGAGCUGGACCUGAGUAACAACGACUUGCAGGAUUCAGGAGUGGAGCUGGUGUCUGCUGGACUAAAGUGUCCACACUGCCGACUGGAAACUCUCAGUCUCUCAGGCUGUCUGAUCUCAGAGGAAGGCUGUACUUUUCUGGCCUCAUCUCUGAGCUCCAACCCCUCCCGUCUGAGAGUGCUGGACCUGAGCUACAAUCAUCCAGGAGACACAGGAGUGAAGCUGAUGUUGGCUGGACUGGAGGAUCCACACUUGGGACUGGACAUACUCAUGGUGGACCAUGGUGGACCACAGAGACUGAGACAUGAUUCAAGGAAGUAUGUCUGUGAACUGGAACUGGACACAAACACAGUACAACGAAAACUAAAACUGUCUGACAACAACAGGAAGGUGACACGUGUGGAGGAGUAUCAGCCAUAUCCUGAUCAUCCAGACAGAUUUGACCGCUGGCCUCAGGUUCUGUGUAAAGAUGGUCUGACUGGUCGCUGUUACUGGGAGGUUGAGAGGAGAGGACAGGUUUCUAUAGCAGUGAGUUACAGAGGAAUCAGAAGUAAAGGAACUAGUGAUGACUGUGGGUUUGGAGGGAAUGAUCAGUCCUGGAGUCUCAGCUGCUCUGUUGAUGGUCAUUACUCUGUCAAGCACAAAAACAGAACAACCUCCUCCUCCUCCUUCUCUUCUAUCUCUGACAGAGUAGCAGUGUAUGUGGACUGUCCUGCUGGCAUUCUGUCCUUCCACAGAGUCUCCUCUGACAGACUGAUCCACCUCCACACCUUCAACACCACAUUCACUCAACCUCUUUAUCCUGGGUUUGGGGUUUGGUCUGGUGCCUCAGUGUCUCUAUGUCCUCUGCAGGACUGAGAGUCUCUCCUGUGGACAGAAACACUGACUGAAGAUCAAAGUUCAGUCGGUUCACCAUCACACUCUGCACUUUGAAGCAGAUCUGACACUCAAAUACAAAAACAUUUGUCUGAUCAACAUUUUAAAACUACAUUUUCUAAGGUUUAGUAAAAUCUAUCUACCUAGAUUCAAACUUAAUUUAAGGGAUUUUUCCACAGUGUUGCAUGUCAAGAAAACUAUAAGUGAUCCUCAAUUAUUUUUUAAGCACAAAGGUGCAAUUGGAUAGUUUAACAGUUGGGUAGUGAUUUUACAACACAAAGUCCUAAUUAGGACUUUCCAUAAAUACUCUUAACUCCCGCUGAUGAGGAAUGCAUUCAUGGAGAUUUUGUGUAUUAUAUCUGUAUUUUGCUAUGUGUAUAUCCAUGUUUCUGUGUACUGGUGGUGAAAACAAAUAUCCCUCUGGGGCAAUAAAUCUAACUGUACAUUCA